UGGGGGGCGUGGCGUCACCGCAGCGGGGAACUUCACUCCCACGUGGUCGCUUCUCCUUCCCGCACGCGCGAGGUUCCUCCGUGAAGCGAAACGCCGCCGAGAGGAACCGAGCGACUCGUUUCGUUCUCUUCCCCCACCCCACCCACCACAACUCCUUACCGUCCACCGGGAGAUACUCCGCUCAGAGAGAGAGACGAGCACAGCAUCCAUCAGCCCCCCACCCCCCUACGUCUGCGCGAUGAGUGAAUCGGAGGUGAACCCCAAGGCGUACCCGUUGGCGGACGCCACCCUCACCAAGACGAUGCUGGACUUGGUGCAGCAGGCAUCCAACUACAAGCAGUUGCGCAAGGGGGCCAACGAGGCCACCAAGACACUGAACCGCGGCACGUCCGAGUUCAUCGUGAUGGCGGCCGACGCGGAGCCGCUGGAGAUCAUCCUGCACCUGCCGCUGCUGUGCGAGGACAAGAACGUGCCGUACGUGUUCGUGCGCUCCAAGCAGGCGCUGGGCCGCGCGUGCGGCGUCUCGCGCCCCGUCGUCGCCUGCUCCGUCACCAUCAAGGAGGGCUCGCAGCUCAAGCCGCAGAUCCAGGCGGCGCAGCAGAGCAUCGAGAGGCUGCUCGUGUGAGGCGGUCGCCUCCCCGCAGCGGUAUGCGAGCUCAACGAAGAAGCCCAUCGCCGUGUGCAAAAAAUUUAUAGCAGCAGCUGUAUAGUCUAAAAAUGCGUGAUGUUAAUUUUCUGAAUGUGGAGGGAGGGAAACCGGAGGACCCGGAGAAAAAUCCACGCGGCCACGGGAAGAGUGAGAGAGAACAUGCAAACUCCAAAUAUACAGAUGUCAAUGUUAAAAUCAAACCCACGACAUCUUGUAUACAAGGCGAGGUAGUUAACAUCUCUUAGCCACCGUGGCACCCUUAACGGCUGGGAUCAGUGGUGCCCAGGAGGUGGGGGGGGGGGGGGGGUAAUUGGACAGGCCCCCCACCACCCAAUAAAAAUUUCACUAUUAAAAAAAAAAACCUCGUGAUUUUGUCAAUUUGCUGAAGGUUGCUGCAUGCCUCACCUGUGUGGGUUCCACUUUGUUGUGUUGCUGCCCCUGUGUUUUCUUUGCAGAGGGCCUCUUGAAAUUGGCGAACAAGGGGGCCUGAACCCGGUUCGUGCUACGACCAGCAGAGCCAAUCGGCUGUCGCUUGUUAUAUUUCCGUUGAUGUAAUGUCCCUCGUUCGUUCUGUGGGAGACGCACUGGGCCUUCUUAAUUUGGUUUCGCUUUGGAAGCCAGCAGGUGAAUGAGUGUAUGUGUAACAGAGUGUAGGGUUAUAUUGUUUUUCCUUAAAAUUUCAACUUAUUUGGUUUUGGACUCUUGGAUCAAUGAUUUCAUCGUAAGCCUUUGUAACGAUGCGUUUUAUUCAUUGUAAGCUUUUAUAAUAAAACUACUGGAAAGACGCGCAGA